ACGCCAACAGUAUGUCUAUGCAUUCCUACUGCUUUCAUUAAAUCUGGUCAAGUUAAUCGAGUUAUUUUUCGUCACGACAUUGCUCAAAAGAUUAAAGAUCUCAAUGAAAGAUUAGCAACAAUUGCUGACAUGAAGCAAAAUUUUAACUUCCAGAACACAAAAAGUGGUACUGAACUUAUUGAGCGACAAAAGACCACUUCUUUUGUCGAUCAAACAUUUGGUCGGGUAGAUGAAAAAGAAUUGUUGGUGGGCAAGUUGUUGAGUGAGAGUAAUCCUAAAGGGCAGAGCCCCCUUGUCAUCCCUAUUGUAGGGAUGGGUGGAAUCGGUAAAACAACCCUUUCCCAACUAGCAUAUAAUGACGAAAAAGUGAAGGCCAAUUUCACAAACAGAAUAUGGGUUUGUGUCUCAGAUCCAUUUGAUGAGCUCAACAUAGCCAAAGCCAUUAUUGGAGCCCUUGAUGGAAAUGUCAAUCCCAUUUCAAAUGACCUAGAAGCUUUCUUCCAAUGUGUGUGCAAGUCUAUCGAGGGGAAAAAGUUUCUCCUUGUCUUAGAUGAUGUGUGGAACCAAGACUAUAGGAAGUGGGAAAAUUUGAAGCUACCUUUACAAAAUGGUGCUGUGGGUAGUAAAAUAAUAGUCACUACACGAAAAGAAGAAGUAGCUAGGAUGAUGGGAUCAGCACCCGAUAACACUAUCAAUUUGAAGGUGUUGAGUGACGAAAAUUGUUGGUCAUUGUUCGCUGAAAUUGCCUUUACCAAUAGAAACCAAGAUGAGUGUCAAAAUUUAGAACCUAUUGGUAAGGAAAUUGUGAAGAAGUGCAAAGGGUUGCCUCUUGUUGCCAAGACUUUAGGUGGUCUCAUGCGUUGUAAGAAAACAAAGAAAGAAUGGCAAGAUGUUUUGAGUAGUAAGAUAUGGGAGUUGGACAUAGUGGAGCAACAAGUUUUCCAACCGCUAUUACUAAGUUAUUAUGAUUUAACUCCAAUGAUCAAGCGUUGUCUCUUGUAUUGUGUUACCUUCCCAAAAGACCAUGUAAUUAAAAAAGAAGUUUUGAUUGAGUUGUGGAUUUCGCAAGGUUUUCUUAGUUCAGUUGGUAACAAAGAAAAGACAAUAAUAGACAUUGGAGAAUCAUAUUUCGAUAACUUGGUAAUGCGAUCUUUCUUCCAGAAUUUAAAGAAAGAUGAAUUUGGAGAUAUUGAAAAGUGCCAAAUGCAUGAUAUUGUGCACGACUUUCUCGGAUAUUUAACUGAGAAUGAAUGCUUAAUUGUUGAGUUGAAAGGUGGUGAGGAGAGAAUACAAUUACCAGAAGACAAUAGGCUUGGUCAUUAA